AUGAACUCGGUGGCGGCGAGCGCGACGAGGCCGAGCAUAGCGAAGCGGCCGUUCCAGAGCUCUGCGUCGGCGCUCCAGAUUCCGCUCGACUUGCUCUCGACAGUCUGGCCCUGCAGUAGCGGCACCAACGAUGCCGCGGAGAACACCCCCGCGAUGCGCUCCGGCGCCGGGCCGCUGAAGGCGAGCGCGUCCCAGACCGAGGGGUUAGCCUUCUUGGUCAUGGGCUUGGGUGCCGCCGGGAUCGGGGUCGGGGUCGAGCUCGUGCUCGGGGAGGAGGAGGUCGAUGCGCUCGUCGUCUCCUUGGUUGAGUCCAUGCCAGGCUGCACAUACACAAACAAUCUCACGUCGAGGUCGAGUCUCCAACUAGCCAACAUGCGAUGCAGUCAAGUGUGUGACGUGAAAGCUCACCUCGGACUGGGCCCUGACGACGAGGGUCCUCCGGCGCGGGCCCGCCACUGGAGAGCGGGCGGCGGACCGGCCGACGACGGCGAAGGAACUCAAAGCCACCAUGGUCGCCAUUACUCAAGGCACGAAGAGAACUGA